AUGAAGGAGGUCGGAGACGGGCUGCACGAGCAGAUGAACUGCAUGAUGGGUGCACUGCAGGAGCUGAAACUCCUCCAGGUCCAGACAGCUUUGGAGCAGUUGGACAUCUCAGGGAGCCGAAGCACCGUUUCUGGCAUUGAGCAGCACCAGCGCUGCCAAAGCAGCAGAGAUGUGCCCGGGGCCCGGCAGGAUGAGCGACUGCGGAGGGAGGCAUCAGUGGAGGAGCGCAGCCCCACAUCCCUCGCGUGUGCCAUGCCACGGCCGGUGGGUUUGCCCCAUCCCGCUGCGUUCCCGAAGGGCAGCCAUCUUAGAGACACCCCCUCCUCCUUCAGAAGCCUCUGUGGUGAGGAUGUUUAUCACCCAAAAGGACCUUCCUCCGCUUCCAUCAGAGCGGAGCGUGUCCGCCCAAGGACAUUCGAACCCAGUAGCCAAGGCACGGCUGGGGGGUGGCCAGCAUGCCGGGAGUGCCCGGGGUGUGACGAUGGCCAUGACUGGACAUCCUCCCUAAUGUCCCAGAGCAGAAAUCGGCAGCCGCUGGUCUUGGGGGAUAACAUCUUUGCAGACUUAGUUGGGAACUGGUUGGAUCUUCCAGAGCUGGAUAAGAAGGGGGAGAAGAGCGAGGAGUCCCUGUCCGUGAGCAGAUCCCAGGAGCUCUGCAGGAAGUUCUCCCUCACAGCCAACAUCUUCAAGAAGUUCCUGAGGAGCGUUCGGCCAGACCGAGACAGGCUUCUCAAGGAGAAACCUUGCUGGCUUCCACCUGAAGACAAACAGCCUGAAAUUUCUAAGAGACCCAAAAAGAUGAACAAACUCAAGGGGACAUUUUACUUCCCACUUCAUGGGAACAUCCAGAGCCAUCACAGCAAAGUGGAGAGGUGCCCAAAGGCAGAAAGCAAUAGCGAGAAACCCAAAAUUGGCACCAAGAAAAUCCACGAUACCAUAGACUACACCCAGUCCGGGUUCGACAUCAAUACAGCUGUUUGGGUCUGAGUUUGUUCGUGUCCUCUGCUCUGCCAGGCAUUUGUUUCACACCAGAGAGGAGCUGGAGGCUGUACACUUCUUUUCAGGAGACCCCUGAGCUCAGCAUGGACUGAGAUGAGAGGAGUCCUCUGCAAAAUGUGCUGUGGGCUUUGGUCACCUACAAGCAGCAUUUUCUAGAGAACUGCAGCUUCAGGGGCAGU